CCACGAGUAUGGCUCCGAAGACGAAGCGCGCGGCCGAAGCCAUGAAGACGCCCGCGAUCGCCGAGCCGACGACGACCGAAGAAGACGGCGACAGCGUCGAAGGCGACAUGCCAUCGCCGACCUCGGUCCUCGCUGCCUGCAAGGUGCACCGCUGCCGCUUCUUGAAGUACGAGCCGAGCACGGUGACGGCGCUCGCGUACAACGCCGAUGGCUCGCGCCUCGCGGUCGCGCGCCAGAACGGCGACGUCGAGCUCUGGAACGUCAGCGGCCACGACGUGCAUUUCCACGCCGUCGUCGGCGGCCGCGGGUCGGCGGUCACCUCGAGCGUGCAGUGGACGGCGACCGGCCGUCUCUUUGCGGCGUCGCUCGACGGCAUGAUCCGCGAGAUCGACCUCGACUCGCUUCGCUUCACGCAUGCGCUGCAUGCGAACGGUGGCCCGAUCUGGUGCAUGCAGUACCACGCGUCGGACAACACGCUCGCGGUUGGCUGCGAAGACGGCCGCGUGCGCCUCUUCACGAUGGAGACCGACGAGCCGCUCUACUUUCGCAAGGCGUUCGGUGCGACCGGUCGCCGCGUCGUGUCGCUGGCGUGGCACACCAUCUCGGACACGCUCUUUAGCGGCAACGACGAAGGCGUCAUCUACACGUGGAACGCAACGACAGGUCGCAACGAGUCGCGCAUGACGCUCGAGCGGUACGCCAAGCACCCGCGCGGCGUUGUGUGGAGCCUCCUUGUGCUCGACGACCUCACCGUCAUCUCGGGCGACUCGAACGGCAACGUGCAGACGUGGGACGGCAUCACGGGCACGCUCAUGCAAACGUUUGCGCAGCUCACGGCCGACGUGCUUGCGAUGGCAUUGGACCCGACACAGACACUGCUCUUCGCGUCUGGCAUUGACAACCAAGUCAUUUCGCUGCGCCGGUCGCCGACGACCAAGCUCUUCAACUACACGUACAGCCACCGCGCGCACACGCACGAUGUGCGCGCGCUCGCCGUCUCGGGCAACGCCGACGACCCGCUGCUCGUGUCGGGCGGCGUCGACACGCACCUCAUCACGUACCCGACAAUCAAGUACAACACGUGUCGCCCCAACAAGAUCUCGCCGCUGCCGCCGCGCCAGUUCCUCGCGCUCGCGACCGAGAAGCGCCUCUUGCUCUCGCAGCACACGACCGCGCUCGACGUCUGGAGCCUCGCGGGUGCGGCGCCCAAGCUCCUUGCGCAGCUUCAGAUGACGGGGGACGCCAACCUCGUGGCCUCGGCCAUCUCGCCCAACGGUGAAUUCGUGGCCUGUUCGACCGCGACCGAGCUCAAGGUCUUCCGCCUCGAGGGUUCGAACGUGACUAAGGUGCCGCUCUCGACCGCGAUUGCGCAGCCCGCGUACUCGCUCCUCUUCACGGCCGACUCGGCGCACUUGAUCACGGGCGACGUGGUCGUCCGUGUCCUCAACAUGCACUCGCUGAGCGUGCUCAAGACGUUUUCGACGCCGCAUGCGCUGCAAACCAAGACGCUCGCGGUCUCGCGCGACGGCCAGUGGCUCGCGUCCGGUGACAUUGGCAACCAUCUCUCGGUGUUCAACCUCGACUCGAUGCAGUACUAUUGCGAGCUGCCGACGCCCGCGUCGAUGCACACGGCGAUCGCGCUGCACCCGAGCGGCAAGACGCUGGUCGCGACGACGAUCUCGAACCACUUUGCGUGCUACGACGUCGAGCGCAAGAGCCUCACGGACUGGAGCCGCGAGAACGCGCACAAGCUCCCGGAGGAGCUCUUUUUGCUGCCAUCGUCGCUCCAAGGCGUGCUCUUCCACCCGACGCAGCCCAACUCGAUCGUGCUCUGGAGCCAGCGCUUCUUGCUGCACAUUGACAUUGACCAGCCGAUCCAGGCGGCCAAGGCCACGAAGCGCCGGCGUCUCAGCGUCGCGGCCAAGGACGACGACACGUCCGGUGACGACGCCGACGUGGCGCCGGCCUCGACGUUCCACUUUGUCGACAAGUAUGGCCCGAUCGCGUACGCCGAGUUUAUCGCAACGUCGACGUUGCCCGAGCUCGUGUUGGUGGAAACGCCGUUUUUCAAGAUGCUGCACGCGCUCCCGGACGCACUCAAGCGUCGCAAGUACGGCCAGUAAGUCCUCGGCUUGCCAUUGUCAUAGAUUUAAGAACAACUCCCACCCUUUUCAACUAUCGUAUAUUCUACCUUCC